AUGGAGAAGAACACCCCAGAUGAGAUACCGAGAGAACUUUCCAGUCCCACGGACUCCGACCACCCGAGCCAGCCAGAUUCAUCCACUCCGCCUCCGCCACCGUACGUGCAACCGAUCCCCGUUCCUCCCCGCCCUUUAGCGGCGACCGAAUACCCAUGGACAGCGAUCCUGCCGUUUCGGGGCUGUCCACAACCCUCCACAACCAUGUCAAUGUACAUCCCAUCCGUGAAGCGUGGGGCAGGGCAGGAGAAGGAUGAAAAGGACGAUGAAAUUGAGGGGGAGGAGGCCGCCGCCGCCAUCAAGCCACAGCGCGGGGAGGACGUGCCGGAUGUUAUCCAGAGGGGCUUCCAUCCCAGCUUUGUGCACAGACCACCGACGCCGAAGCCGGUGUACGCCGAUUUUGGCGGGCGAUGGGUUUGCAAGAAUGAAAAUGACGACAGUUCCGGCGAUGAGAGGGAAGGGGACUCUCGGGGAAAUUGA